UUGUAACAUGUUGUGUCCCCAUUUUUAGCCUCACAACCACGAUACAGGUGUGUGUUCAUGGCGUGUCCCAUCACUGGCCUCACUACUUCAGUACAGGUGUGUAAUUGAAUGGUGUGUCCCAUCACUAGCCUCACUCCCUCAGUACAGGUGUGUUCAUGGUGUGCCCCAUCCCUAGCCUCACUACUUCAGUACAGGUGUGUAAUUACAUGGUGUGUCCCAUCACUAGCCUCACUACUUCAGUACAGGUGUGUGUAUAUGAAGACCUACUUUGUACCACAGUACAUGUGUAUAUUGAUAGUACCCCCUUCCUAAGUCUCACUUCCCCAAUCAGGUAUAUACAUGUGUGUGUAUAUGUGAUGCUACUUUCCCUAAUACUUGGCCCUCCACAUACAGGUGUACAGGGGUAAAGGCUUGGUGAUAAAACUCCUCACAUGAUUGUUUCAGACUGGCAAAUAUCCAGUAUUAGCCAGAUAUCAUAUGUUUAUCCCCAUUACCCACUCACACAUAUGUACUGCAAGUUUAGCAGGAUAGGAGCUUACCUCAUGGCUCUGUGCUAAAGACAAGCAGAACCACUGCAAGGGCCAUUACAAUAGGAUGAACAGUUAUGAUCGGGUGCGUAAGAUUGUCCAGGAGGAAGGCAGGACCGCACGGAAUCUUGUCAUUUAUAAUGUUCCUGUCGAACAAGAGAACAGGGCUGGGGCAAAUCUUCCUGCAGGCCAGCAAGCCAUACACAUGGGUAGAAUGGGGGCACGAAAACAUCCCCUGAAGGAUCAGAAUCGACACCGAAAUGUCACACCUCCGAAGAGGAAGGCUGCCGAUGAUUAUGCUCUCAUGCAGAAAUCCCAGCAAGAAUUACUCAAGUCGCCAAAAUCUGACAGCGGAUUACGAAAACCAGACCUUCGAGCUCGAUACUGGAAGUUCCUGUUUGACAAUCUACAACGGGCUGUUGAUGCAAUAUACGAAACAUGUGAACAGGACGAGAGUGUCGUUGAGUGCAAGGAAGUGAUCAUGAUGCUAGAACAGAGUACCCGGGACUUUAAGUCUCUCAUAGAGAGGCUCCACAUGCUGCGUGCCUUUGAGGAAUCGGCUAAAGAAGGAGACAGGCCAACUUCAAUUGCAUGGGAAGUGAGAAAAAUGUCACCAGGUAAAAGUGCUGGUACCCAGGGUCACGGCAGGAGUACGAGUUCUCCGAGCCCCGCACAGAGGGUGCUCACCUUUCCGGACCAGAGAUCUGAGUUGGGACACAGUAGCUGGGCAGACAAGGUGAAGGGUAAAGUGGCAGCUUCAUGUUCGGCUGACGUCCCUGAAGUUGUCUCCCCUACAAGCACCCUACCUCUGCCACCACCACCUGUCACACAGAACGGGAUCUCUGCCUCGGAGCCUGACACAGACGGCAGUAAUACCAUAGAAGAUGAUAAUGACGGCUGGGAGACAGUGCAAAGGGGAAGCAAGUGUAAAGCGCGACAGUCACCCUCACAGAGGUCUCUAGAAAAUCUGACAGGAGUUGGUCAGAACCUCGGACGAAAGAAUUUAAAACGAACUCUUUCUGACCCACAUGCUAGUAAAACUGGACAUGGUCAAACUAAAAUGGAGAAGAGUCCACUGGCAAAAAAGUCUGUGGCUGGUGGAAAUAAAAGUCCAUUGUCAAAAAAGUCUGUAGCUGGUGGCAAUCAGAACAAUGGAACUCGACAGAGAACUGAUAGUAAGGAUAGUGAAAAGGAAAAUCGUCCCAGUGAAAGUCGUCGGCAGAUUGCCUCAUCUCAAAGUGACUUGUCUGUGUCUCAGUCGGGGCGGACUAGUGGGGCUAGAGUGAGCCCAACCCUAAAGAAAUCUUUGCCUAGCGUGUCUAGGUCAUCCCCCAACAUAUCGGGCGUGAGUCGAAGCUCCGAGCCAACAGUAGGAACGAAGAUGUCUUACAGUGGUUCGGUAACAAAAGGUUCAUCUCCGGCACCUGCCAGAGGGCGCUCUACCACGAAAAAGGACAUGAAAAAAUCACAGUCCCUCGAUCUCAAGGUAGAGGACUCUAGUGUUAUUCUGAGCAAGGUUAUGGAAAAAGGAGAGACAGAUUCUUUAUUGGUUAUUAAAUGUGCAGAUUCUCCGAUUGACAGCAAGCUUAAAGGUACAGAUUCUCAAGGUAGUCAUGUCCAAGGAGCAUCAUCAGACGGUCUUCGUCAAGGAGAGGUUCCAGUGAACCAGGAAACUAAGGGUGAUGACGAGGAAAGGCUUGAUUUGGAAAGUCAGGAGAAGGACCAACAACAGGAUGAAGAGGAGAAGGACAGACAACAGGAUGAAGAGGAGAAGGACAGACAACAGGAUGAAGAGGAUGAUGCGUAUGCUGCCCAGUUAGACAGUGCAUUAGCAACAGCACUUGAGGAGGAGGAUACAUUGACCCGGGAACUGGAGGAGGAGCAGGAGCAGGCACUGGAGUCGGCCAUACAGGAGGAGGAGACAUGGCUCAAGGCCCUCGCCCAGGAACAGAACUCUGUCAUUGAGGUUGAGACUGAGACGGAGAGUGACCUAGGGGUGAGCUUAGUCAAGUUAAACUGUGUCACUGAGGUCCAGACUGAGACGGAGAGUGACCUAGGGGUGAGCUUAGUAAAGUCAAACUCUGUCAUUGAGGUCCAGACUGAGACGGAGAGUGACCUAGGGAACACAAUGAGUUCUUUGGAGGCUUCUGGACAGACAUUGGACUGGGAUAUUCUCUGUGCCCAAUAUGACGAAGCUGAGGGGAAGCCAAAGAUGUCAUGGGGAGAGAUUGUUGACGAUGCUGAGACCAGGACUCCCGGUCAUGGAGUACACAUGCAUGAGAAAUUGUCCUCGCCUUCCCGCCGCAGUACCGUUCACAGGUCCCCCACAGAGUCCAGGAAGAGACACGAGGAGAAGCAAGCCAAGGCUCGGGAACUCCGCGAGAAAUUCAUGCAUGAGAAGUCUGAAAGACUUGGAGAAUUGUCUAAAAAGGUUGAGGAGGUACGAGCGUGGAAGGAAGAGCUGAUGAGACAGAGGAAGGGGACAAUCCAGAGUAAGAUGACGAGAGCCGAGGAGAAGCGCCACCUACAGCUUAGAAUGAAGGCACAGAAAGCUCAUGAGGAGGAGGCAAAGGCCAAUGAGAUAGCCUUCAUCAACGCCCUGGAUGCCCAAAACAAGCGCCAUGAUAUCAUGUCUAAACAUCAAGAGUCGGAGGCCAGGCUCCACACCAUGGAGGAAGAGCGCCAGCGAAAGCAUGUUGAAAAGCUUGCAAAGGAGUCUGCUGUGGAGGAGAGGCGGCGUGCUCUGUACGCCGAGCGACAGGCGAAACUCAAAGACAUGGAGGAACGUCGCAAACAGCGUGAUGCACGUGUGGAACAUCAACAACAAGAAAAGGAGAAGGAACGAUUGGAGGCCCUCAGGAUCAGGGAAAAGGAGAGAGAAGAGCGCCUGGCCGCACUGAACGCCCAACAACAAGCUCACAUACAGGAGCUCCAGAAAAAGAUACAACAAAAGCAAGAUGAGUCGACUCAGCGUCACCAAGAAGCUCUCCAGCAGAUUCGUGAGAAAGCCUUUGAGAUGACUGUCCAGCGCCUAUCAUCAGAGGACCACAACGAGCCCCCUAACAUUGCUCCCUAUGACACCAAGAAACUUUGUACCAUCUGUAACGUCCUGAUCCCAUCAGAGGUCCACCUUCUGAGUCACUUGCGUGGGAAGAAACACCAACAGGCAUUACAGGACAAUAACUCUGGCAAGACCAUGACCAAACAGGAAAUUGAGACGUUCAACCUGAAACAUAUAGUCGAUGCACCGACCAACAGCACACAUCCCAAAAUUGUGUCGGAGAAGGAACGGCUCAAAUCACUCAAGAAACGCUGUAAGAAGUUACGGCAGAGAAUGAUAACAAGGGGUUUGGAAUAUGAGAACAGCCUGACGGGGAAGAUCACCAACGCUGACUCGACACAUAAAGCCAAGCUACAGAAGGUGGUACGUGACAUCAAUAAAUACCUUCAGGCACCCGACACUGGGCCGUGGCCCCAGAACAAAGUAUCGGCCCUUGAUCGUGCCUUGGGUGAGAUCAGCCGUAUCCUCGAUAAAAAGGUCGCUGCUGACCAGACAAGUAUUAGGAUCCUCGGAGGAUUGACCUGUCUGGGCCGAAUCCUGCAGACUGUGGAUGUCAACGCCUUUCACCUUCCUUCCGUGCUACCUCCCAAGUCUCUAGUCCUGACGUGUUCCGUGUUCCGACAGGCCUGUAAAGGUUGCUAUGACAACUGUCACUACAUGUUAUUUAGUAACAAGCUGGGCACUGUCAUAGACCUGCUCAUACAUAGACUCACGAUCCUGUUACCAGAGGAGCAGAAGCGUCCAGCUUCCGGGUAUUCUGGUACCAAUCUGUCGUCCAGCUCCUCUGGCCCGAGUAAACUUCCCUGUGAUUUAGUGGCAGUUAGCCUCAUGCAACUGCUGUCAUCCAUUCUUAACUGCCUGGCCAAGUACGGCCCAACGGCAAAAUGUAGCGAGGCAGCGGCCGAGAGGAUGAGCAGCUCGGGAGACCCCUUCACAAUCCGUGGCAAUGACGUUAUCAGCUACAUCAUCAGUGUUGGUAUCGUGGACAAACUGACACAGUAUUUCCGUGGUGUCCAGGGCCCGAUAGACGAAGACAAAGAGGGGGCAGAGUUUCUACAACACAGCCUCGGUCUACUCGUUUCCAUGACGAAAAUCAUGUCCAAAAGAAACACCUCCCUAUUUGACCAGAGGAAGGUGGAGGAUCCCACCCAGCUGAUCAACACGUAUGAGAUGACGGAGCUAGUGGGGAUUGUGUCUCUCCUGUAUGGUAUGCUGCUCCACUCCGGCGCCCCCAGUCGCAGUGACUCCUCCCCACCCGAGUUCCCCCAGCACACCAUGGCUGUGGCACUGACAGGACUAAGAAUGCUCAACAACAUGGCUACCCUUGACCUCCACAUGUUACAGAAAACCCUGGGAGACGAGGGCAUGUCACUAGAGUUCCGUCACAUAGCCAGCUACCUCAUGUGGUACUGUAGUCACCACACGUCAGACGACAUACUUCACGAGGUCAUCCAGUGUGUCGGCUACUUCACGGUCCUCUGUCCGGACAACCAGGUUGUGAUACAGUCUGGUCAGCCACCAACCAUCCUACAACAGAUGUGUUCACUACCAUUCAAGUAUUUCUCUGACCCUCGCCUCACCAACGUCCUGUUUCCGACCCUCAUUUCGUCGUGUUACAACAAUCAAUCCAAUCGCCAGAUCCUAGAACAGGAACUCAGCUGUAUGCUUCUGUCCAACUUCAUUGAGGAGAAACAGCUGGAAGUGCUGCAGGCAAAACUCCAUCCGUCAAAGAAAGAAAAAGAGAAGAUAAAAGAUCUAGAACAUCCUAGAAUGCAGACAGCAUCCAGAUUUCCCAUGGAGCAGUGGAUGGCAGCACAGGAAUACUUCAAAAUUUCGUAACCCAGAAUUUCGUUACAAUAGCGUGGAUCUGUGUUUUGUUCCCAGCUCAUUUGUUGUAAAGUCAUCACUAUCCAUUGUCAUCAUUACGAUAUAAAUCUCGGCACAACUUUGUUGCCAGAAAUAAGACGAGUAUGUCUGAUAUGUUUACCACCUCCGUACACUGAAUCACUAUUUGUUUUGUUCCUCAGACUUAAUUGCAUACGUAGAACACGUGCAAAUAGUGGGCUUGUAAAUUGUAUGAUGGAGCCUACGUUUAUUUACAGGUAAUCAGUGCAGUGGGGUUUUGUUAUUACUCCUCAACACCAUAGAUGAUUACAAAUAUCUCGUUAAUGAAAAUAAGUAGAAUUUCUCGUCCUUACUAUUUUCCUUGUUUUAUUAGAAGUAUCACUACUGAGGUAAUGAGCGUAGGUGUGGCGAUCACCGCUGGGGACGUUAUGGAAUUGGUUGUAAACAGUCCUCAAAUCUUCUUUGAUUAAUAAUUAUAUACAUGAAAGGAAAAAAACAAAAAUGGUUUCAUUCAUGUGCUAAAUUGAAAUGAUUUCAGUAGUUACUUGUAUCUUUGAUACGUGUAUUUGGUUACAAAAUGAUUUCCUUUAGUCUGAACGAACAAUGAAGAUUUGUUAACAAGAUCGUUACGUCUUAUUUUAAAGUUGUUACAGCAUUAUUUUUGCUGUCUUGAAGUAAUGUAGAUGACUUCGGCAAUCAUCGUGGCCUUGUCCCAUAAAUCAGGCAAUCCUCUUGGCCUUGUCCCAUAAAUCAUGGUUCUGGGUUCAAGUCCCUGUUACUUUUAUAAACCCAUUCAAAGUGUCCUUGAUAAUCGUUAAAAAAAAUCCAAUUUCGAAAUAAGAAUUCUGUUCUUGAUAGUCUAUUUGUGAUUUAACAGGAUCUCAUUGUAUACAACAGGACUCAUUUGUUUUAUGAGAAUGCUGUAAUUUUCCCCAAAUUAAUAAAACAGAAACUCUUUCUUAAGGAUAUUUGCUACCUUACUGUGAAAUCCACCGCCUCUCCAAAGAGGUCCGAGCUAAGAUACAUGUCAAUCACUCUUUACAAAUAUUGGUUUGAGCUUGAAGUAUUUAAUGAAACCUAUUUCAAAUAGAAUUCACUAGAUUUCAUGGAUCAAUGGAUAUAAAUUGUGUAAAUUAUCAAUUAUUAGCUAACUUUUGUUCAAUAAUUUCCAGGGGCAAAUACCUUGUACCUAAAAUAUAGGUAUAAUGUGUAAGGUGGCAUAUACUCCAAAAUCUGGUGGGAUACACACUUUGUUAUUUUUGUUUCAUUUGUGUUACUCAGAUCAUUUCACUCGUCUUUUAGUGAUGUGAUUUACAUAUGUUUAAUUAUUGUUUUAUAUAGAAUUUAGUUUUUAAAGUUAGGUUAUAAAUUUUAUUUAUUUUCAUAGAUAUUAGUUUACUAUUGAACAAAUUUUACAAUGUAAAGUUGUUGUUUUUUUCAUUUCUUCAAAUGAUAGAAUUCAUUUGUAUAUAUAUCAAUAUCAGUUACAAGUUUGAUCUGUGGCUGUCAAAAAUAACAAAGCACAUUGAAAGUGAAAUAGUUGGCUACUGGUACUUAAUAGGUUACUAUGAACAAAAUUGUGCAGAUGUUUCGUAAAUUGCAUUUUCAGGAUGAUACUUUAUGUUAAUGAAUAAAGGAUCAUCCAGAAAUUGUAUGUGAUGUUACAACACCCGGUAAAUCAUCCUUGUAAUGGUGCUACCAUAAAUAGUAUCAUCUUGUAAUGGUGUUACUAUAAAUAGUAUCAUCUUGUAAUGGUGUUACUAUAAAUAGUGUCUUUUGGUACUGGUGUUACUAUAAAUAGUAACAUAUUGUGAUGGUGUUACUAUAAAUUGUAUCAUCUUGUGAUGGUGUUACUAUAAAUAGUAUCAUCUUGUGAUGGUGUUACUAUAAAACGUAUCAUCUUGUGAUGGUGUUACUAUAAAUUGUAUCAUCUUGUGAUGGUGUUACUAUAAAUUGUAUCAUCUUGUGAUGGUGUUACUAUAAAAUGUAUCAUCUUGUGAUGGUGUUACUAUAAAACGUAUCAUCUUGUGAUGGUGUUACUAUAAAUUGUAUCAUCUUGUGAUGGUGUUACUAUAAAUUGUAUCAUCUUGUGAUGGUGUUACUAUAAAAUGUAUCAUCUUGUGAUGGUGUUACUAUAAAACGUAUCAUCUUGUGAUGGUGUUACUAUAAAUUGUAUCAUCUUGUGAUGGUGUUACUAUAAAUUGUAUCAUCUUGUGAUGGUGUUACUAUAAAAUGUAUCAUCUUGUGAUGGUGUUACUAUAAAACGUAUCAUCUUGUGAUGGUGUUACUAUAAAUUGUAUCAUCUUGUGAUGGUGUUACUAUAAAUUGUAUCAUCUUGUGAUGGUGUUACUAUAAAAUGUAUCAUAUUGUGAUGGUGUUACUAUAAAAUGUAUCAUCUUGUGAUGGUGUUACUAUAAAAUGUAU